GGGGACGCCAUUAAUGGCGAAGGUCAUGAUCAGAAAGAUGGCGGGAACUCUGAACGGCAUGGCGGGAAUAUAUGGCGCCAAAAUCCCUACAACAUCGUCCCUCGCGCUCACCUCUCUAUUUAAACCACCCCAAUCUCCGCACCUCACUCUAAAACCCCUUCACUCCAAACACCCAAAUCAUCGCCGCAAUUUUCUCAAAAUGGCCGAGCAGCAAAACGGGAGCCACGAAGUCAAGGAGCCAGCUCCUAAGAUCGCCAAGCUCCACCAGAACGGUGACGUUUCUGAGACGAAUUACUUCCGGGUGAAGAAGCUCUCUGAAAAGGCCAUUUUGCCCUCGCGGGGUUCUCCUCUCUCUGCUGGUUAUGACCUCUCCAGCGCAACGGAGACGAAGAUACCAGCAAGAGGAAAGGCCUUGGUCCCAACUGAUCUGAGCAUUGCAGUUCCUAAGGGGACCUAUGCCCGAGUUGCGCCGAGAUCAGGGCUGGCAUUGAAGCACUCCAUUGAUGUGGGAGCGGGAGUGAUUGAUGCCGAUUACAGAGGCCCGGUUGGGGUGAUUCUGUUCAACCAUUCCGAUGUUGAUUUUGAGGUCAAGGUUGGUGACAGGAUUGCUCAGCUGAUAAUUGAGAAGAUCAUUACCCCUGAUGUUAUGGAGGUUGAGGAUUUGGACUGCACUGUCAGAGGUGAAGGAGGGUUUGGUUCUACUGGCGUUUAGGCCUCUCUGGUUGUGGUUUAGAAAGCGGGGACUUUUGGGAAUUGAAGCUAGUUUUUUUGGACAUUUGGGGAACAAACUAGCUGGGUAGGUUUUGGUUUUUAGUUCUAGGUGACUGGUAUGCUCUUGUAAUGCAGAUAUUAUCAAUGGGAGAUGAUUAACUGGCAAUCUGGAUUUCAUGGCUUUUUUAAGUUUAUGCAAUUUUAUGGAAUGGGAAAA